CUUUCUUUUUCCUCUUACAGAGCUGCUCAGAAGUUGAAUCUGUCAUCCAAAAAGAAGAAGCACAGACCCUCAGCAUCCUCCGUUUCUGAAUCUCAUCUAUUUGCCACGAAAUUCAGCAUGAUCUUACAGACCUCACCUCCACCAGCUCCACCUUGUUUAUUAAGGGCAGUCAGCAAGGUGAAAGAUACUCCAGGAGUGGGCAAGGUGAAGGUCAUGUUGCGCAUUUGUUCUACGCUGGCCAGGGACUCUUCAGAAUCCAGUUCCUUCUUAAAGGUUGAUCCCCGCAAGAAACAAAUUACUUUAUAUGACCCAUUGUCUUCUGGAAGCCAGAAUGCUUUCCAAAAAAGGAGCACCCAAGUGCCACCCAAGAUGUUUGUAUUUGAUGCAGUUUUCCCUCAAGAUGCUUCCCAGGCUGAAGUAUGUGCAGGAACUGUAGCUGAAGUGAUCCAGUCUGUGGUGAAUGGUGCAGAUGGGUGUGUAUUUUGUUUUGGACAUGCCAAACUCGGAAAAUCAUAUACCAUGAUUGGAAAAGACGAUUCCAUGCAAAACCUUGGCAUAAUCCCUUGCGCCAUCUCCUGGCUUUUCAAGCUGAUUCAUGAAAGAAAAGAGAAAACAGGAGCACGUUUCUCAGUCCGAAUCUCUGCAGUAGAAGUGUGGGGAAAAGAAGAACAUCUGAGAGAUUUGCUGUCAGAGGUGGCAACAGGUAGCUUACAAGAUGGUCAGUCACCAGGUGUCUACCUUAGUGAGGACCCCAUUUGUGGCAUGCAGCUUCAAAACCAAAGUGAACUCCGAGCUCCCACUGCAGAAAAAGCUGCUUUUUUUCUUGAUGCUGCAAUUGCUGCCCGUCGAAGCAGUCAGCAAGAUUGUCAGGAGGAAGAACAGAAGAAUUCACAUAUGCUCUUCACUUUGCACAUCUAUCAGUAUCGAAUGGAGAAGAGUGGCAAAGGGGGAAUGUCAGGAGGCCGUAGUCGCUUACAUCUCAUUGAUCUGGGAAGCUGUGUUAAACCGCUCAGCAAAAACCGCGAAGGGGGUUCUGCACUCUGCCUUUCAUUGUCUGCAUUGGGCAAUGUCAUUCUUGCCCUUGUCAAUGGCAGCAAACACAUUCCAUUCAAAGACAGCAAGCUGACCAUGUUGCUCCGAGAGUCCCUUGGGAACAUGAACUGCCGUACCACCAUGAUAGCUCACAUUUCAGCAGCUGCAGGAAACUAUGCUGAAACCCUUUCUACUAUCCAGAUUGCAUCCAGGGUUUUAAGAAUGAAGAAAAAGAAAACUAAGUAUACAUCAAGCUCUUCUGGAGGAGAAAGCUCUUGUGAAGAAGGGAGAAUGAGGAGACCAACCCAACUUAGACCUUUCCAUUCACGGAAUGUUGUUGAUCCAGACUUCCCAAUUCUUCAUUUGUCAAGUGAUCCAGAUUAUUCUUCCAGCAGUGAACAGUCAUGUGACACUGUCAUUUAUGUCGGUCCUAAUGGAACAGCUCUUUCUGACAAGGAGCUGACUGAUAAUGAAGGCCCUCCUGAUUUUGUCCCUAUAGUUCCUGCUCUUCAGAAAGCUAAAAAUGAAGGCAAGUUGGAAGACAUGAAUGAGACAGCCCCUGAAAGAGAUUGCUUGAAGUGCAAUACAUUUGCAGAACUCCAAGAGAGAUUAGACUGCAUUGAUGGCAGUGAAGAGACAGACGGAUUUCUUUUUGAAGAACUGCCAGUUCAGUUUAACUCAGACCCAGUGACUAAAUGUUCUUUAUCAGGCCAAGAGACAGAGCACUGUAGUGCAUCAGAUCCAAGCAGGGAAGAUGACUUGGUGGUCUGCCAGGAACCUGAUAAAGAUGCCAAGGAAAACUUAAAUGCUACCGCCAGCCAAAUUCAGGGAGGUCACUCCCCUGUUCACAGUAGGAUGCUUAAUGAGAUUUCCACUCCUCAGGCCCAUUGGAAUGUUACAGGUAGUCCUAGUAGUCAGAUUAACAGUUCUCAGCAACCUCACUGCACAGACCUGCAAAGCAGCCGAGAAAGCCUUAAUAGCAGUGGCUUCCUGGAAAAUAAGCCACGGCCAAUGGGAUCACCGCGCCUUGGUAUUGCAAGCCUUUCAAAGGCCUCCGAUUACAAACCACCAGCUUCUCCUUCUCAGAGGUGCAAAGUUUAUACUCAGAAAGGGGUAUUGCCAAACCCAGCCCCUCCACCAUCAUCAUUAAGCAAAGAUUCGGGUAUGGUAUCCAGUGAAUCUCUAAUGCAAUCUGAGAUCCGCACCCCUCCCAUUGGCAUGAGUCCUCAAAUCUUGAAAAAGUCACUUUCUUCUGGCAACAUCGAUUACACAGAGGUGGUUGAAAAAGCAGAGCAGCAACAAGAAUCCCUAUCUCCAGAGUCAAAGCAGGAGAUUUUGAGCACAACUAUGGUCACCGUGCAGCAGCCCUUAGAACUUAAUGGGGAGGAUGAGCUGGUAUUUACCCUAGUGGAAGAGCUGACCAUUAGUGGAGUUUUGGAAAAUGGGCGGCCAACAAGUAUCAUCAGUUUUAACAGUGAUUGUUCUGUACAAGCGUUGGCUUCUGGGUCUAGACCGGUUAGCAUUAUCAGCAGUAUUAGUGAAGAUCUUGAGUGCUACUCUAGCACAGCUCCUAUUUCUGAACUAAGCAUUACCCAGUUCCUACCCCUUCCAAAAAUGGGGCUGGUGGACAAAGCUGAAGAAGCUGAAAGUAGACGUUCCUCUAUUAGCUCAUGGCUGAGUGAAAUGAGCACUGGAAGUGAUGGUGAACAGUCAUGCCACAGUUUCAUAGCACAGGCAAGCUAUGGUCAUGGAGAAGCAAUGGCAGAAGCUCCUCCUUCUGAACUUGCAAAAGCAGUUUGCAUAAAUGACAAGCAAAACCGUUGUACUGAGGAUAUGUUUGUGUCACCUGAAGGGGUUGACAGAAAUACUAAUAAAUUAUCUCCCAUCAGAAGCUGUAAAAUAUCAGCCCUGGAAAAGACUACCGUCACAAUAUCAAACACUACAAGUGUAAGCAGUUGCGAAGGGUUCCUUCCAAUGAAGACUAACAUUACAGUAUUCCCACGUAUUUCUGUCAAUUCUUUUAAGGCCCAAGAAGGUCAUGAAGCCAUAGCAUCAGUAUCAUCAUCAGCCAGAACUCCCUAUCUUCACGAAGGAAAAGAAUCCAAUGCAAGAAAAGACCUAAAAUUUGAUGAUCCUUGGCUAAAGAGGGAAGAUUGUGCAAAAAAUGAACAUGGUCUCAAGGCUGAAACAGUACCUGACCAAAAUAAGAAACAAAAUUCUGCCGACAGGUUCAGUAGCAGCAGUGGAGAGAUUUCAAGUUCACCAGGAACUGAAAACCCAAGAAGGGUGAUAGAUGAAUGUGAAACGGGACUGCCAGGCUCUGCAACCCACAGCCCCCUUCAUUCUACUGAAAGUUUGAAAAAUGGCAGCCUUAGCAGAGGAUUCCGGAAGAACAACAAGUUGGAGGAACUGGAUGUCAUUUCCUAUCAUUACGUAGAGGAGAGUGGUGGCAUGAGCUCUUCUGUGUCAUCCCAAACAUCGAAAGCUAGCUUGGAAAGAAAGAUAGCUUCUCCCAAGCAUGGUGUUCUAACCCGCCCCAAAGGAACACCACCAUUACCUCCUGUGAGGAAAUCUAGCCUUGAACAGAAGAAUAGAGCCAGUCCCCAGCACAAUGCUUGUAGCAGUAGCACCAGCAGCUCUUCCAACCAACCACCCUCUUUUUUGGCUAGCUUUCCUGACGAACCAAGUGGGAAACAAAAAGGUUCCAGUAUGGAGAGUGGAAGCAAUAGCAGCAGUAAAUUAUUUAGUGCAAAACUAGAACAGUUGGCUAGCAGAACCAAUUCUCUUGGAAGGUCUAAUGGGAGUCAUUACGAGUGCCUGUCUUUGGAAAGGGCAGAAAGUCUAUCUUCUGUCAGCUCCAAGAUGAACAUUGGAAAAGACACCACCAUGCCCAGAGCCAGCAGAAGCCUCAACCGCAAUGCAAUAUCCUCUCCAACAAACUCCGGCUUUUCCCAGUCUGCAGGAGCUUCACCAAAAGCCAGUCAAUCAAAGAUCUCUGCUGUGAGCAAACUCCUUUUGGCAAGUCCAAAGGCUCGAAGCCUGGCUGCUUCCACCACCAAAACCCUUAGCUUUUCAACCAAGUCCCUUCCUCAGUCUGUGGGACAGAGUUCAAGUUUGCCUCCAAAUGGAAAGAACAUGUCCUGGUCAACUCAGUCUCUUAGCCGGAACCGAGGCUCUGGUCUUUCUUCCAAAUUACCGCUCAGAGCUGUUAAUGGGAGGAUUUCAGAACUGCUGCAAGGAAAUGCUGGCACCCGAGGAAUGCAGCUGUGCAGGAACUCAGACACAGAUGAACGCAGCAGCAUUCAUGGAGACAAGAAGCCCUCUGUUCAUCUGCUUCCUUCACCAUACAGCAAGAUCACACCUCCUAGGAAGCCUCAUCGCUGCAGCAGUGGUCACGGAAGUGACAACAGCAGUGUCCUGAGUGGGGAGCUUCCUCCAGCCAUGGGGAAAACAGCUCUGUUCUACCAUAGUGGAGGAAGCAGUGGAUAUGAAAGCAUGAUCAGAGACAGUGAAGCCACAGGAAGCACUUCUUCUGCACAAGACUCUAUGAGUGAGAACAGCAGCUCCAUCAGCGGCAGGUGCCGAAGUCUUAAAACCCCCAAAAAACGUUCAAAUACAGGUUCUCAGAGACGGAGACUCAUUCCAGCUUUGUCACUUGACACUACAUCUCCUAUAAGGAAGCCUACCAACCCAGCCAUACGAUGGGUAGAUGGACCCCUGCGAAGUGCCCAGAGAGGGAUGGGGGAGCCCUUUGAAAUCAAAGUCUAUGAAAUUGAUGAUGUGGAACGGCUCCAGCGACGGCGGAUGGGGGAUAACAAUGAGGUGAUUUGCUACAAUGCUAAGCUAAAAAUCCUGGAGCAUCGACAGCAGCGAAUUGCAGAGGUCAAGGCCAAAUAUGAGUGGUUAAUGAGAGAGCUGGAAGUGACCAAACAGUAUCUGAUGUUGGAUCCCAAUAAAUGGCUCAGUGAAUUUGAUCUGGAACAUGUUUUUGAUUCGGAUUCCCUGGAGUACUUGGAGGCUCUUGAAUGUGUGACUGAGCGGUUAGAGAAUCGUGUCAAUUAUUGCAAGGCCCACCUCAUGAUGAUCACCUGCUUUGACAUCUCUUCCAGACGUCGAUGAAGAAUUAACCUCAAUACUCUUUUGGACUACUGCCAGACACCCCUUUCCUUCUUUUUGAACUUAUAUCCCAAAGACCCAGAAUGAGGAUGAAGGUUGGUGUCAUGUUUUGGCUAUGUGUGAGAAGAUGGAUUUUUUUUAAUUAUGCCGAAUAUAUGUUGGAAAUCGAAGACAUUGAAAAUAAGGAUGUGGAUUCUUCAAGCCUGAAAGAGCACUUUGAGAAAUCUUAAAGACAUGUUUGUACAUAGGAACCGCUGCAGAAGUGAUUUACCCCCACCCCCAGCCCAUCAAUAACUGAAGAGGGAGGAAGAAGCAGGUGUAGGGAGCUGUUGAGAGCCCCACUAUAGUAAAAAUACAUGGGAAAACUGUCUGAAGUGCCUUGCAAAUCUUUAUUAUCCAAACAUUUAUGUUCAUACUUGUACAGAUGGUGCUAGUUGACAAAAAGAAAAAGACAAAAAAAUCUAAUCACAUUUUUCGAAAUGUAUUUACAGCUUGUUAUUUUCACUUGGUGUUUUAUUCUAUUUCUGACUUGCUGUUUCUACGUAAGUUGUGUUUGUAGAGAUAUUUCUUAUCUGAUACAGCAUAUAAAUAAAUGUUAACUGUCUUUUGUUGUUCAAGAGCAGAGUAAGACCACUCAAAGAAAAAAAAAGAAGUUGAAACUUCUAGAUUAAUCCCACAGAUGUAUGAUGUAAUAAAGGAAAGUAGGUUUCCCAGCUCUUAGUAAAAACAAAAAUGUAGAUUUUCUUACAUGAUAAGAUUUCAGUUGGCACUAAAAAAAUGGGGUAUCACAUGGUUUUGUAAUAUGUUCUCCUUUGGGGUACUGAAAUAAAUACAUUGUUAUGCGUAUUCAGUCAACACUCCUAUUUUAUUACUGUUUAACUGAAUAUACAGUACUAACCUUUGCUAGCAUUACAAUCAUAGAGUCAUCAGAGUUGGAUUGGGAGGACCUAAGGAAGAUAAUCUAUUCAAAGUAUUUCCUCAGUACAAGUUGAGAUAACUUGUGACUCCACUCAUCUUUAUGAGCACAAGAAUUUAAUUGGUAAACCUCUUUAGCCAGCUCAGAAACCUUUGCAUGCUUACAAGUAUUAUCAUCAUCUCCUAAUGUUUUUCCCCAACUUUACAGAAAGCUAAUUUGUUCUCAGUCAGUGAUGGUCCCAAUAACAGAACACUUUUGCUGAAUAAGAAAGAAAAGGGGGAAAAAAACUUUGUAAAGUUGUUACUCAAAGGAAUCUUUAUAAUUCUAGUUUUUGUCUAAUCAGAUAAAAAUAUUGAUAAACUGCAAGCAUUCAUAACCUUUCCAUAGAAAGGCUAAAACUAUUUGCAUUAGAAUUAAAAUGAUUGAUUCUGUGCUACCAGUCCCCAUAACUCUACCUAUCUGUGUGCUGAUCUUUGCUUACCCAUACAACAGAAAUGAUGAAUUGGUUAAAGUUAUUUAUCCAGCUGAGUCAGAAUACAAAAAGAUAUUCAGAACUGUAUUAUGAAAAGUAAAAUACAGAAUGCAGCUGGAUAAAGUUACAGUUAUCUAGUUAAAUUACAACUCUCAUUUUAGUUUGUUUCAUUGUUACCUCUAAGUCAACUAAUUCGAUUUAGUAUUUUUUUUCUUUUUUGUAUUGUUUUUAUUAAGGUUAAAGACCAUUUGACUGAUAGCCCAAACCUACAUAUAGUUAGAAAACACUUCAUGUUAUGCAUCUUCAUAUGUGCUACAUUCACAAAUAGAGUAAAAUAUGUACAAAAAGGUUAAUGACAAAUGAAUUAAAAGUCAAGAACAAAAGUACUUGGUCAACAUUAAUGUAGGUUAUAUAAAUUGCCACAGUACAAUAGAGAGUGUUCUUGCCUUGCUAUCCUGCUUGUAGGCUUGCUGGAGACCUCUGAUUGGGCAGCAGGAGAAAUAGCAGGCUAGAGAAGUAGAGCUUUGAUCUCAUCUGAUAGGGUUCUUCUUAUGUUUAGAAGCAUAAAAUUGGCACCCACCAUGGCUUCAAUCCAUAGUCCUUAGAAAGAAAAUAUGAAUUUUUCUAGGCAGCAAAAGGGGAUUGUAAUGAAAACACUCCUUAGCCUGAUCUCUUUCUCUCUUUUUCUAAAUCUGGGAGAUUCUACUUCUUAAAAUAAAGGAAACCAGUGUUUGGGGAAUUGUUUACCCAACUCCUGGCAUGUUGGAUUCUCCAUUUAUUUAGGAAUAUGGCUAGAAAAGAUUGCUUCUGACCAUGUGAAGUCCUAUCUGGAUCAGAGCAUUUCACCUCAUGGUUAAGUAGCAGCAGUUGACUGCAUAUCCAUGCAAAAGUAAUACAUUUCACUAUACUUUUCAUAGGCUAAAAUUCAAAUAUAGACACCUCAUCACCCUUGCUAUUACUUCAAUAUAACGAGAACUCAGAUUUUCUUUCUUCUUUUUUAAAUAAAUUAAUGUUAGGAAUAAAAUGAAAGUUCUGGAAGUAUUAAAUGAUGAGAUCACAAUUUGCUGUUUUCUGCUUUAUUAAAAGUUAAUUCCAUAUUGCCUAUGGACAGAUUGAUCUGCUCAUACAUAAAACUGUGUACGGUAUGUAUGCAGUUGCCUAAAUUAAAAGGAAAAAUGGUUAGAUUUGUGAAGACCAAUCCUAUACUCUAAAUAAACUAGAACCUUGCAGGAUAAAACUGAACAGGGAAUCCUAACCAAUUUCACUCCAAAUUAAAGUCCAAUGUAUUCAAUUGGGCUUUCAAGUAAACUUGGAUAGACAGUUGUAGCCACUGUUGAAUAAUUUGGUUUUGAGUGAUAUUAUGAAUAUCCAAAUGAUGUAUUGUAAAGAAAUUUUACUGGUCUUUAAUAAGCUUACCAAAUUUAAUUAAGUAUCUGUAAAAAUUUUACAGGAAAAAGAAAAUUGCUGUUUAAGAGGGCUCAUGCUUUAAUUUGCACAUGCCUUUGGCUUUAUUCCUAAUGUUCUGCAUGGCCAUCUCUCUAAGGAGCAGAAUGGUUCUCAGAGAAGUUGGAUGCAGAAAGAUGGAAAUACUUUGGAAAGCCUUUGGUGAAGGAAGAGUUGGCAAAGAGGGCAGAAUUUGAGGAGAUGAUGACUUGUUUGAUAAGGGAACACACACACUUUUCUUAAUGACUGGAAUCCCCGUAUGGACCUUUUGCUGAAAACUAAAAAAAAAAUGAACUUUUGAUUUAUGGGUGUGAUCAUUGGAAAUGGUAGAAUAUGAAAAGAAUGGUCAGAAGUCACUUUUUUCCAGUGGUGUUGUAACUUCAAACGGUCACUAAACCAACUGUUGUAAGUCAAGGACUGCCUGUAUAUCGUUUUCUUUUUCUCUCUCUUGCUUGUUUUGUACUUUUUCAUUACUUUCCUAUUUUCCUAUCAUUUUUUCUUUAUUUUUUUCUUUCAAAUAUGUAUUAUUUUUGCAAAAUUAAAACUUCUUUAAUAAAUUAAUCCAAAAAAGAAAAAAGGGGGAGGAGUCAAAAGAAGAGCAGCUAGGUAAUUAAUAAUGGCUGUGUGCAAUGUUGUUUUCACAGCAUUGUUUGCAUACAUACCUCCUCCUACCACUGUGCCCAAUGAAGAAAUCUCCAAAAGUAGAGUUUUAAUUCUUUGAGGAUCACAUGCACCAAUUAAUCUGAAAUACUAUUGUCCUACUUGAUCACAAAAUCUUUUUAUAAAAUGUUAAAAUCCUCUCCCUGAACCUACUGGGAAUAGCAAAUAGCUGCACAGAAUGUCUUCUAGAGACUAUUCCCCCCCCCCCCCAAGAAACUGCUGGUUUUUAUAAUUUGCUCUGGACUUCACUGUCCGCAUUGUAUUUCUACUUGACUACUACUUCUAUUGUCCACUUUUCUACUCAUACAAGAUUUCAGUUAUCCAUAUUCUCCUGAUGUAGAAGAACAAGUUAGUUCCUGACUUAAUGGUAAAAGAGUGUGAUAAGCAUCUGGUUAAAUUUAUAUUCAAUCCAGGUUUAGGGUUUGAAUAGCUCCUUCAUUGGCUAUCAAUUAAUAAUUCGGGGAAAUGCUGGAAAAAGCAUAUAUAGUGUCUGUGUCCAUGUUUUCAGAUAAUUGAAUUAUUUUUCUUUGAAAGCUUGCCUUUACUUUUGCAUUCUUUUCACGUUUCCUUAAAUUUCCAGAAAAAUAAAUAAAAAGCAGAUGGAUUGUUAGUACAAAAUGAAACAAAACAGUUGCAAGGCUACUCCACAUUCACAAUAGUUAAGUUUGGUUGUCAUUUAGCGUGGAGGUUAAUCUAUAAUACAAUUCGUGUUGCCUCUGUGAAUGUGAUUUAAUGAAUUAGGACCUACAAAAGUGACUUGACCAUAUAUCCACAAGUACGCUACAAUAUGAAUCUUACAGUUAAACUAAACAUAAGAGAUGUACAGUUCGGGUGCUUUUUAAAAAAGCUAUAACUCUUCAUCUCUUCAAUCUAUUUUCAGGCUGUGAUGCUGGGAGAGGCAGAAUUUAAUUCUUCCAAAUCUGAAUUGUUCCCCCUAUGACCUAUUUUCUCCUGGAGGCAAAAUACUCCUAAGUGGCAGUUUGAUGAGGAAGAGUGAAAAUACUGAUCUACAUGAGGCUCAGAAACAAAAGUAUACAUUAGCACAGUUUUUCUUACUUGCUGUGUAUUCUAGCCAACUUUUCUAUUUUCCUGAAUUGUAUUUCCAAGCUAUAUCAUGGGAAAACAGAUAGGAUGCUGUACCUAAUAAAUAACCUGUGUGUAUGUUUAAAAAUAACUGGACAGUCAAAAAUAACAAAGUGUAUUCAUGAAUUUGAGUUGGCACAGUUAUUCACAAGCAUUAGAACUUAACUAGCAAAGCUCAUCACAAAGCCCAGCAAUAAAACCUUUUAUCUGAAUAAGCUGGCUAUUUAUCCUGCAUUUUAUAGAAACCAUACUUAAAAACAUGUUUAUGCUUCAGAUUACAAAGUCAAGCUAGUGUAUUUAUUUUACAUCAUCUUUUAGAAAAGGUAGCAUCAAUAAAUUGAUAAGAAAAUAAUUUGAGUAUCACUAAGUUAACAUCUCAUUCAUUCUAGGCCUCCAAUUUUAAUGGAUGGUCAUGUAUGAAUAUGAAUCCAGGGGUUUUAUAAUCCAUCUUUUUAUCUCCUGCCCCACUAUUAGCCUAUGUGAAGAUAAGACUGUAACAUUACAGAUACCUUGCCAUUAAUAUGUGAAAACACAAUGCCUGCAUUGUGUGUAUCAUUUCUGAUGGAACAUGGAAAUAUAACUGGCAUCUAAAAUGGUAUGUGUUGCCUUUAUUAUUGUCCUAGCCAAAAUGUAAACCAUUAGACAAAUAGACAAGAUAGCAAUUCAUUACUACACAAAAAGUCCCAACUUAUCUGUUUACUUCACAUGGCAUUCUAUAAUUCAAAAACAUUCGGUCUGGUAUUUGGCUCAUAUAAGGAUUUCUGAAUAUUAAUUGGUCCAUCAUAGCGAGUAACCCAAUUCCAUGUUCAACAUAUGCUUAACAUUUAUGUAAUUUCUAUUCUGUGUGUCUUUUCUUUUUAUCAGAUAAUCAUACUCUCAAUGGUUUGAGUGAUCAUUCUAAAUUAUUUUCAGGAGAUUUUUUUCCAUCACAAAUCAGUUGUCUCAAAUGAAGUAAACAUUUGUUGUAGGUGUCUCAAAGGAUGUUGCUGUCCAGAAACAAUAUUACUGGGAAAUGGUAAUUCAUUUGCAUAUUUUAUACAUCAUCUGUUGGAAAUUAUAUUAAAAUUUGGUUUCCAGUUUGAUCAAAGUUAGAUAUAGUACAAAAAAAUUUGUUGAGUUAGACUCUAAAAGCAAUGAUAGAUCAGAGUAAAGCUCUGUUCUACUGUUAUAAUAGCACCACAAGGACAUGAAGGAAAUAUUCAUUAACAGGGAUGAUAACGUAGAUGCGUGAAAACUAAUCAUUGAUAAGUUUGUCCUCCAAGAGUUUAUCCAACCAUCCAAGUUAGUAUCACCAGCACUAAAUUCCAGAAUUGAAGGACUCACUAUACGAAGUAAUAAUUCCUUAGUCCUGAUGGGUUUAAAAAAAAAA